GGGUUACCGGCGGCUAAUUUAGGAACUGCGCUAUCAUCAUUGAUUAACCGAGGCAUACCGAGUACGGCCGAUUGUCAACGAGUGUGACCAUUUAUCGCUGCUUAACCUGCCUAUCAUCAUCUGCCUUGCGCGGUGUUCGUUAUGUGUGUAUCACGUCCGCCGCUCCCGCAUUCCUUGAACGCCACAAAUAUGUGAACGCGCGAUCGAAUCCUGUGAAUCGGCGUUAGACGCGCAAUUAAUAUCAUUCGAGUGCAUCGGUCGCGGUGGAUAGUCACAAAUACGUAAUUGUCAACGUAUAACGUAAAAACAAGGGAUGUCGGAGAUACGCAAGCGAACGGUCGGCGAUGCGUCGGCAGGAUCACGAGACUUAAGCGACGAUCAGAAAGAGGAUGUGGAGUCUGAAGAUGAUGCAAAAUUGGAGGUAGAGGAAUUAACAAAGACUUUACCUCAGGGAACUGAUCAUACUCCGCAUAUUUUAAGUUCUGCUCUCUCCGGUCUUCCAGAUCGCUGGCGAAAUUGGAUAAUUAGAACCAUUUUCACUUGGUUUAUGAUAGCUGGGUUUUGUCUUAUCAUUUAUGGAGGCCCACUAGCAUUGAUGGUUACAACAUUGGUGGUACAAGUGAAAUGUUUCGAAGAAAUCAUUAAUAUCGGAUAUGCUGUAUAUAGAAUUCACGGUUUACCAUGGUUCAGAUCUUUAUCAUGGUAUUUUUUAAUAACCUCCAAUUACUUUUUUUACGGAGAAAAUUUAAUGGACUAUUUUGCUGUAGUGAUUAAUCAAACAGGAUACCUGCGUAUACUUGUAACGUAUCAUCGAUUUAUUUCAUUCUGUCUUUACAUUGUUGGUUUUGUAUGGUUCGUACUUUCACUCGUAAAAAAGUACUAUAUGAAGCAGUUCUCUCUAUUUGCUUGGACACAUGUUGCAUUACUUCUUGUUGUGACACAGAGCUAUCUCAUUAUCAAAAAUAUCUUUGAAGGAUUAAUAUGGUUCAUCGUCCCUGUGAGUAUGAUCGUGAUAAAUGAUGUGAUGGCAUAUAUGUUUGGCUUCUUCUUUGGAAGAACACCAUUGAUCAAAUUAUCCCCAAAAAAGACUUGGGAGGGCUUUAUUGGUGGUGGUAUUUCGACCGUUAUAUUUGGAUUACUGAUGUCAUAUGUCAUGUGUCAAUACCGCUACUUCGUUUGUCCUAUUGAGUACAGCGAAGCUUUAGGGAGAAUGACUAUGGAUUGCGAGCCAUCCAGUUUGUUUCAACCACAAGAAUAUACGUUACCAAAGAGUUUUCAAGUGAUAUCAAAGAUGUUUAACGGAAAACCUAGUUUAACGAUAUAUCCGUUCAUUCUGCAUUCGUUGUCGCUGUCGCUAUUCAGUUCCGUAAUCGGACCAUUUGGAGGGUUCUUUGCGAGCGGAUUUAAGCGAGCCUUCAAGAUCAAAGACUUUGGUGACGUAAUCCCUGGUCACGGUGGAAUCAUGGAUAGAUUCGACUGUCAGUAUCUGAUGGCAACAUUUGUGAAUGUUUAUAUUACCUCAUUUAUUCAUACCGCGUCACCUCAGAAACUGUUACAGCAGGUUUACAGUCUGAAGCCGGAACAGCAGGUACAACUUUUCCUCUCAUUAAGAGAUUCAUUGCAGAAUAGGGGUAUGCUAAAUGCUUAUUAAUAUUCUAAGUUAAAUGUACUUAGAGUGGCAAACUUCUCCUGCAGGGAUUAUUUUUAUCUAUUAGAAAAUAUUAGAAAAGAUUGUUAUCUUUUCUAAUAUUUAAGAAAACAUUACAUGCAGAUGGCAAUGCAAUCAGUAUCAAAUAAUCAUAUUUUGUUAAACUAUGACAAUGAAAUUUAUUUUUAAUUAGAUAAGGUAAGGUCAUAUCAUAAUGUGGUAGGCCUGUCUAAUUGAAAUCAAUAUGGCCAGAGAUAAGAAUAUGUAUGUAUAAUUUUCCUGUUGUCUCCCUUUUUUUUUAUCAUUAUAAAUGAAGAUGCAUUUUAAUAUCAAGAGUUGAGCUAUCUCUGCUCUGUUCUCUAUGAAAUUCGUAUUCAUACAAAGAACUUGUUUGUUCACGCACUGACAGAACUGUGAUGCACGAAUUGUGGAAUGAUGGGACAAAUUUAAAUUGUAACAUAGCUACUUCUGUGAUUAACUCUGGCCUAAGAACAGUCAGUUGGAUAGAUCUAUCAUAUGGCAUUAACUAUUUUUCUUGCAUUCCACAUUAGGUAGUUAAAUUUUUGUCAAACAAUAGUUUAUAUUAAACUAUAGUAUUGUUGGAAACAAUUAAUAUUUUUAUCUAAAACCUGAGCCAAAGAAUCAUACAUUAUAAAGGUUUUGUGUUAUGCAUAGCAACGUUUACGAAAAGCCUCCAGCUCCUAAAAUAUCUACUUAUAAUUUUAGAUUAGACGUUAAAUAAAAUUAGGUGUUAAAGUAUUCUCUGUUCAAGAACAUAUCUUCACGUUAAAUAUGAAGAUCUCAUAUGUAGUACAGGUUUUAUUUGUAAUUGUGCAUUUAAAAUUCGAUAAAACCGAGUCUCACUUGUAUAUAAACUCAUAUUAUUUGUUUUCUUACUUAGAAUUAAUCUUUAGAAUUGACGCGAAAACACUGACAAUUCUGAGUCGAACAUAUAAGAGUCUGAUUUAAUCUUUUGCUAAAUGCGUUCUUUUUUUAUUAAAAUUAGCUACGCGUAAGGGGAAAAAUACCUUACUAACAUGAUUUAUAUGUUGUAAGUAUUAUCGUUGGUGUUGUGGGGAAACGGUUCUACUUAGGAGUUUAGCAUUAUACUUUUUCCUUCCUCUUAGAUAUCGAAUUCGCAUACUUAUCUGACUGUUGAAUACAGCAAAAGAAAGAUAAGUCGACAUUUAAAUUACGACGGAAUGAAAUUAUUUAUAUUAGUUUUUUCUUAUGUUUGUCUCGCGUAAUUGUUAUCAUUUUUAUUAUCAUUACCGCAUUAUUAGCGGUGUGCACGUACCUAAAAAAAUAUUCGCUAAGGCAGUACCAAAUGUUUUAAACGCGUUUACAUGAAAAUCCCGAAACUGUCCCACCGUAAGUGUAAGCGUAUCGGAGUAUCUUUAUUCAUUCAGUAGAAAACAUCCUGUCAGUUAUGUAAGAAUGCAUUGCUGCUUGGAAUUUAUAAAUCGUUGCGUGGAUAUGUUUCACUUAGCAUAUACCAUUUAGUCUUUAUUAUUGUAAUCGUAGUACUUAUGUUAUAUUAUACAUAAUGCUAAACUUCUCGAAAUAUUGUGUUAACGCGACCUUUCAUUUACGCAUAUAAUAGCGAGCAUAUAAAAGCAACUAGGGAUGACAAAAUUGACUAUUCAGACAAAAUCAAUUCUCCAUCUAUUAAUUGGCAUUUCCGGCAGCUGCGAAAUUAAAUGGCGAAAUUAAUGAAUAGAAGUGAAUUUGUCUGUUGUAUUUGUAUUAAUGUGGCAAAUGAUAUCCUGCAGCUAUAUAAUUUGUAAAAGUAAGGUCAAGUUACCACAUGAUCAUCUGCUUUGCCAUGUCGUACGGUAAAUGAGGACAGCCAAAUGGAUGUUGGUUGAAGAAAUGAUCCUGAGGAUGAAUUUUUUUUUUGUCAAGUUUUUGUUCAUUAUUUCAUUGUACUCGAAAUCGAUUACGAUACUACCCAUAAUUGUGCCAAUCGUGCUUGUUAAAGAAAUAUUCUUACAUAAAUCGUCUCGUAUGCACUGAAUUGGUGUGGCACAAUUAUAAACGUAACUUUCUGUGAUUAGAUUAAUACAAACUAUAUAAGUACGUUUCGUACACUGCUAGAGUACACUCGGAUCUUAAUAUAAUUCUUGGCUUGAGAAUAUUGGCUUUGGAGCAUAUAGCUUUUAGGUUUCGAUGGAACCAAUUCAAUAAAUGUGUAAGAAUGUGCUUCUAUCUUGCCAUCCUUUUCUCUUGUCAUUUUGGUUUUCACGCCUUAUUGUUUUUUUAUCCCUACAUGCGAAUAUCAUAUUUCUCUGCUUCCUAUUUCGUGAUGUUAUAUUGAGAUCCUAGUGUACGCAUGUACGCGCGCGGUACGUCGCGUGGAAAGGAAGAUGUAUUGUACCUAAUUAUAAACAAAAUGAGUUUAUAGAUUCUUCUCGUCUUUGAACGCUUAUGACAUCUCUACAGUGAAAACUUAAUGGUUAUUAGAUAAUCAGAGAAAUAAUAUUACCCAAGAUGAAUGGAUUAAAUAUAUACGUAUAUAUUUAUUUAAAAUAUAUAGAGAGAAUUAAAAAAAUAUAUAUAUAUAUGUAUAGAUGGAAGUUAUGUGGGGAAAUGUGUUACAAAAUACAUAAAAUUUUGGACUUUCAAAGUGACACUUAAGUUUUAAUAUAUGAUGAUAUAUAUUUAUGUAGUGAUAAAGA